AUGAAGGUGAAGAUGACCAUAGAGGACGAUAAUAAGGUCAAGAUUAACAUAAUCAUCAAGAAGCAUCCCCAAGAAAUGAAGAACCUCCAAAGAAAAUCUGAUAAUGAGGAAGCCAAAGAAUGCUGCCAAGAAGCAAACAAUGAAGAAACUAAGGAACCUCGGUCUAAGAGAGGUCGAGGCAGACCAAGGAAAUACCAAAAUCCAGAUUUUUAUACAAGAAAUACUAGAUUAGACAUCAAUGACAAGACUCUUAUCAGAGCUGUUAGAAGAGAAUUUGUCCAGUGGUUUAGAGUCUUCUGUAUAAGUACAGGACUUCAUACCUCUGAUGUCCAGCUUGAUGAUCACGCUGAGAUUCUCAAAAUGAGGUUUGAGAUGAGCGAUGGUGAGUUUGAUAAUGCCAUGGAUGCCUUCAUUCCUCACAUUCUGCAGCAAGAAACAUCUGAUUCUAUGAAUUCACUGUACAGUCAACUCCAAAAUCUCAAAGACUUCCUGAUAGUGCUGAUUGAUCCUUCCAAAGGCACUUCAAUCAUGUUCCCUGGAACCACCAGACUGCUGAAAGAUGAGAUGCGGAGUCUGUUCUUUUCUUACUCUCACAGAAAGUUGGAGGUAUUCUUGGCUGUGCCAGAGAUGAGAUAUGUACUACACAAAACACUGAACUCUGAAUACAUUGACACUCUGAUUGCUAAAAACCCAACACUAAACGAAAGCGAAGCCUUAUACAAAGAGUGUGCAGAGAAGAUCAUGGAUAAGGUUACCAGACACAACAGGGCUGCCCAAAUGUAA